UCUUUUCCCCUAGAGUCCCUGUGAUCUUGGUGGAAAUUAUCUGUGACCCUGUCCGAUCACCUGGCAGCCAUCCUCCCGAGCGGGAGGAGAUGAAGGCGUCUGUGGUGCUCUCCCUCAUUGGGUACUUGGUGGUUCCAAGUGGUGCUGCUGUCUUGGGGCGCUGUGUCGUGGCCAAGAAGCUCCACGAAGGAGGCCUGAGUGACUAUGAGGGAUAUAGCCUUGAAAACUGGGUGUGCCUGGCUUAUUUUGAGAGCAAGUUCAACCCCACGGCCGUCUAUGAUAACCUUCGUGGUGACUACACCGGCUAUGGCCUCUUUCAGAUCCGCAAUCAUGACUGGUGUGACCAUGGCAAGAACCGCUGCCAUGUGUCCUGCUCUGCUUUACUGAAUCCGAAUUUAAAGGAGACAAUUAAGUGUGCUAAGAAAAUUGUACAAGGAAAAAGAGGGAUGGGAGCAUGGCCUUCCUGGACCCUGAACUGCCAGAACUCUGACACUCUGGCGCGGUGGUUGGACGGGUGCAAGCUGUAGCUGCCUGGCAGCCCUCACCACACUCGCCACUGGCAUCUUCUGAAUGAAGCUGCUUUCCUGUUCACUGCCUUCACUCAAUCCCGUUGAUUAGCUCACUGCUUGACAGCUCCUGAUGGAAAAGGGCAAAAGUUUGCUUCAUCCAGGGAUGCAGGAUGCAGAAUAAACCGCUAGUUAUUCAACCUGGACCAAAGAUCUCCAUUUGUCUUAGUCUACUGUGAUUGUUACAACGAUAAUCAUUAUUUACCUCAAUCAUGCUUCAUUAUUGCUUAAUCUCAGGUGGAGUAUUUGAAGGAAGGAAACUAUCUAGAAAACACGAUGUGUCCAUGAAUGUCAAUGUUAAAUAGGGAAAGGAUGAAAAGAUACAGGGACGGGAAGGGGAGUCUAAGAAGGGAGGAAGAUAGGCUGGUGCCAGCCGGUCCCCAACACCAGCUUGUGUCCACACUGGGACACACAGGUGGCAAUGAGACCACAAC